AUGACCAUCGUUCACGGCAAAUGCAGUGAUAGAUUCCAGAGCAUCCGUUCCCUCCUGGAGAAAUACAUCGAGUCAGAGGAGGAGCUGGGCGCUUCGAUAACCAUCAACAUUAACGGUGAAGAUGUUGUCGACAUGUGGGCCGGUCAUGUAGACCAAGAGCGAACGAAGCCAUGGGACGAAAAUACUAUUGUCAACGUUUUCUCGUGCACGAAAACAGUCACCAGUCUCGCGGUCCUUAUCCUCAUUGAUCAAGAAUUGAUCGACCUCAAUGAACGAGUGUCACACUACUGGCCUGAAUUUGAACAGAACGGUAAACAGGAUGUUCUUGUCAGACACCUACUAUCCCAUACGUCAGGUGUAUCAGGCUGGGAAGAGGCUCUAUCCACCGAAGACCUUUAUGAUGUGGAGAAAAGCACCGCGAUGCUGGCGGGUCAAGCUCCAUGGUGGACACCAGGAACAGCUUCUGGCUACCAUGCUUUAGCGUCUGGCCAUCUUUUGGGUGAGCUCAUUCGACGUGUCUCUGGAAAGUCCCUGCGCGAAUUCGUUGCCGAUGAGAUUUCAGGCCCCUUGAAUGCCGAUUUUCAAAUUGGGGCUUUGGAGAGCACCUGGGAUCGCGUUACUCCGAUUGUCCCUCCAGGCCUUUCAGGCAUUCUGCCCGAGUUCGAGGCUGGAUCUGUACAAGCAAAGACAUUGUUGAACCCACCUCUGGAUCCUAAUUCCGUAAACACUAAAGGGUGGAAAAAUGCAGAGUUAGGUGCUGUGAAUGGCCAUGCCAAUUCUCGCUCGCUUACACGCAUUCUCUCUGCAAUUUCCUUGGGAGGAUCAACUGGGGGCAAGCAGGUGUUGAAGAAGGAGACAGUUGGCAUGAUAUUUGAGGAACAGCAAUCUGGGGAGGACCUGGUUCUGACGAUGCCGAUCAGGUUCGGCAUUGGAUACGGACUGACUCCUUGCCCUGCACUUGCCUGGAUUCCAGAAGGAAAGAUUUGCUUUUGGGGAGGUUGGGGCGGUUCUUUCGUCGUGAUGGAUCUUGACAGACGAAUGACUAUUUCUUACACUAUGAACAAGAUGGGUAGUGGUCUUGUGAGCAGCGAUAGGGCUGAGGUCUAUGGCAAGGCUAUAUAUGAUGCACUACGUGAGUAG